UUGCCAGGGGCGGUUGAUAUUUGAGAAAGCACAACGCUUUCAAGUGCGCGACUACAAUAUUGCAAAAAGGGGAGCGCAGGAAAAAUGCUAAUACAUACAUGUAUAUGUAUGUACAAGUAGUAAAUUAGUUAUUUAAAUUGUUUUGUGACUUGUGGUUUAUGUAAUCGUAUGUUACAUAAAGUUUUCUAGCAACAGAAAAAACAAAUGCAGCGCUUAAAUCUAAUUAUGUGAGAAUGCCUGUACAAUGCCCGUGUUAUUCAAUAAAAUUGUUUACAAAUUUUUCGCUUUUCUUACCAUCGCCGUGUGAGUGCUGUGAAAACCUCACCAAGUGGUUGGUCUAACGCAUUUGAUGCAUUCAAUUUAGUGAAUUUGUCUAUUAAAUGGUUUGAUUAAGUGGAAAUUUGUGGUGCUGAAAGUUUUUCUAACACAUUGCUAUCUGUCUGCCACUGUGAAAUUGCCUGGGCACACGAAGAUAAUAGGAAAAGCAGUAGCAGCUGCUAUGUCUGUGGCUGUGUAUCUGUUGCUGUCAUCUAGCUGUUGUAAAUCGAUUAUUCGCUUGUGUAGCGGUAACGUUGUACUACUUCAAUUCUACUUCAGCUGAUUUGAAAAUUAAAUAUGAGCCUACAUUCAGGCGUACAGACAUGCAAUAAAAAUUUUUCAAUUAAGUUGCAUUGGCAAUAAAAUGCAACCAUAGCAACAAAGAAAUUAAUUUAGUCAAUGUAACUGAACUAGAAUAUUUCCCGUUAUAUGAGCUCAUCCCUUGAAACACAACGAGCAUUUGCAGCGCAGCAAAAUGUUGAUAAAAGAAUACCGUAUACCCUUACCGCUCACGGUCGAGGAGUAUCGCAUCGCUCAGCUGUAUAUGAUAGCGAAAAAGAGUCGCGAAGAAAGUCAUGGCGAGGGCAGUGGUGUGGAAAUUAUCAUUAAUGAACCCUACAAAGACGGGCCCGGAGGGAAUGGCCAGUAUACAAAGAAAAUCUAUCAUGUUGGCAGCCAUUUGCCCGGUUGGAUAAAAAGUUUAUUGCCAAAGAGCGCUUUGACGGUGGAGGAGGAGGCGUGGAACGCUUAUCCAUACACACGCACGCGCUACACCUGCCCCUUUGUGGAGAAAUUCUCACUCGAUAUUGAAACUUAUUACUUCCCAGAUAACGGUUAUCAGGACAAUGUAUUCAAGUUGAGCGGCAGCGAUCUGAGAAAUCGCAUUGUGGAUGUCAUUGAUAUCGUCAAAGAUCAACUCUAUGGCGGUGAUUAUGUGAGGGAAGAGGAUCCUAAACUAUUUGUAUCUGAGAAAACUGGUCGCGGACCAUUGGUUGAUGAAUGGCUGGAAGAGUAUUGGCGCGAGGUGAAAGGCAAGAAGCAACCGACUGCACGAAAUAUGUCGCUUAUGUGCGCAUACAAAAUCUGUCGUGUCGAAUUCCGUUACUGGGGUAUGCAAACCAAGCUCGAGAAGUUCAUACACGAUGUAGCAUUGCGGAAAACUAUGUUGCGUGCACAUCGACAGGCAUGGGCAUGGCAAGAUGAGUGGUACGGUUUGACAAUUGAAGAUAUACGUGAGAUUGAGCGUCAAACGCAGCUUGCGUUGGCGAAGAAGAUGGGCGGUGGCGAAGAAAGCGAGAGUGAUGCGGAAGAUGCAGACAGCGUGGCAGACUUGCACGGUAGACCCAUUACUAGCAGUACAGGCAGUGAACGUCGGAAGUCUGGUGGUGCGCCGCCACCGAUUGUAACCCAAGAGCCGCCAAGCACUGAGGGCACUUCAGAUGAGGAUGAAGAGGAGGAAGCGGCACAGGAAGUGAGUGCACGUUCACGUUCGCAGAGCAUUCAACUGACUAAGUCGAAAUUCGGCUCGAAAGGUGCACUGCACUCACCAGUUGGAUCGGCGCAUAGCUUCGAUUUGCAGGUUGCAAAUUGGCGCAUGGAGCGUCUCGAAGUGGACACUAAAUCCAACUCCGACGAAGAAUUUUUCGAUUGCGUUGAUACUAAUGAGACCAACUCCCUCGCUAAAUGGAGUUCACUUGAGUUGCUCGGCGAGGGCGACGAUAGUCCGCCACCGGGCAGUGGUGCCGCCUACAAAGACAGUCAAGAAGACAGUAUUUUCAAUCAAGACUUCCUAAUGCGUGUCGCAUCCGAGCGUGGCACUAAGCGACAACUGCGCUCUUCAGCCAGCAUAGAUCGCAGCCAUGAUACGUCGCCGCCUGGCUCGCCAAGCACGCCAUCCUGUCCCACCACCAUACUUAUACUUGUAGUACAUGCGGGCAGCGUUUUAGACGCCACUAGCGAGCUGACCGCUAAGAAGUCAGACAUUACCACAUUUCGUGGCGCCUUUGAGGGUGUUAUGCGUCAGCACUACCCCAGUCUGUUGAGUCAUGUCACAAUUAAAAUGGUACCAUGCCCCUCCAUUUGUACCGACGCACUGGGCAUACUCUCUAGUCUCAGUCCAUACUCGUUCGAUGCGUCGCCAUCGGCUGCGGAUAUACCAAAUAUUGCUGAUGUACCGAUUGGCGCAAUACCGCUGCUAUCGGUUGCCUCACCAGAGUUUCAGGAUACCGUUAAUAAGACAGUGACUGCAGCAAAUAUUGUCUACCAUGAAUUUCUCAAAACCGAAGAGGGUCACGGUUUCGCCGGUCAGGUGGUAAUGCUGGGUGAUUCUAUGGGUUCGCUGUUGGCCUAUGAGGCGUUGUGUCGUAGCAAUGGUAUGGAUGGUGGUGGCAGUCGCUCGUCGCGCACGGACGAUGAUGAACGUUUCAAUGAUUCGGAUUUGGAUGCCAAGCGGCUAUUGGUAGCACCUUCCCCGCGUCGUCGGCGCUCAUCAUCGAGUGAUUCACGUGGUAAUAAGUUGGACUUUGAAGUGGGUGACUUCUUCAUGUUCGGUUCACCGCUUUCCAUUGUAUUGGCAUCACGUAAGCUGCACGAUGCCAAGGCAGCGCUGGCUCGCCCAAACUGUAAUCAGGUGUAUAAUUUAUUCCAUCCUACCGAUCCAAUUGCUUCCCGUCUGGAGCCAUUGCUCAGCGCCAGGUUUUCCAUGCUGUCACCGGUAAAUGUGCCGCGAUAUGCCAAGUAUCCAUUGGGCAAUGGGCAGCCAUAUCACCUUUUGGAAGUCAUCCAAUCAAAUCCACAACACUUUAGUGAUGCUAACAAUAUUCUGGGUGGUAGACGUCUAUCGGAUGCCUCAAUGCAAAGUACUAUUUCAGGCUUAAUUGAAAAUGUAUCGCUAAGUACAAUCCACUCACUACAAAUGAAAUGGUGGGGCACAAAACGUUUAGAUUAUGCCUUGUAUUGUCCUGAGGGCUUGAGUAAUUUUCCAGCUCACGCCUUGCCACAUCUAUUCCAUGCCAGUUACUGGGAGAGCGCAGAUGUAAUUGCAUUUGUUUUGCGACAGAUUGGCAAAUUCGAUGGCAUUCCAUUUGUCGGCUCAGCCGAUGACAAAGAAACGGUCACCUUCCAUCCAAGUCAGCCGCGUGAGAAAUGGAUGAAAAAGCGCACUUCGGUAAAACUGAAAAAUGUAGCUGCCAAUCAUCGCGCCAACGAUGUUAUUGUGUUGGAGGGACGGGAACAGCGUCUCAACGCUCGUUUCAUGUACGGCCCUUUAGACAUGAUCACUUUACAUGGCGAAAAGGUUGAUAUACAUUUAAUGAAAGAUCCGCCAGCCGGCGAAUGGACCUUCCUUGCCACCGAACUGACCGAUAAGAAUGGUCGCAUCUCAUAUAAUAUCCCAGAGCAAGUAUCCCUGGGUUAUGGUAUCUAUCCUGUUAAAAUGAUUGUGCGUGGUGAUCAUACAUCGGUCGACUGCUAUGUAGCCAUAGUACCGCCGAUGACUGAAUGUGUAGUCUUUAGUAUAGAUGGUUCCUUUACGGCGUCUAUGUCGGUGACGGGGCGGGAUCCAAAAGUACGCGCCGGAGCUGUAGAUGUCUGUCGCCAUUGGCAGGAGUUGGGCUACUUGCUGAUCUAUAUCACCGGACGGCCGGAUAUGCAACAGCAACGUGUGGUGUCCUGGUUGAGCCAGCACAACUUUCCGCACGGGCUAAUCUCAUUCGCCGAUGGAUUACUUACUGAUCCACUCGGGCACAAGACGGCUUACUUGAAUAAUUUAGUGCAGAAUCAUGGAAUCUCAAUUGUGGCUGCUUAUGGUAGCAGCAAAGAUAUAACUGUGUAUGCGAAUGUUGGUUUGCGACCGGAACAGAUAUUUAUUGUGGGCAAGGUUAGCAAAAAAUUACAAUCAAAUGCCACGGUGCUGAGCGAUGGUUACGCGGCCCAUCUAGCUGGUCUGCAGGUGGUAGGUGGCUCACGUCCCGCUAAGGGUAAUGCACGCAUGGUUAUACCGCGCGGCUGCUUCAAUUUACCCGGACAAGCGUCGAAUCCUCGGCGCAGAAGCAACGCAUAUGAAAAAACCCUAGACGAAUGAAACUAAUACAUAAAUGUUUACCUACUAACAUGCCUAUACAUGCAUAUGUAUGUAUGUAGCAGAGAGCCGUUUAUGUGAAUACAUUAACAUAUGCACAUAUUUAGCCACUAAGUAAGCGAAUUGCAGCGAAUUUAUUUAAUUGGUUUAUUUCAAAUUAUAUUACACACACAUACAUAGAUUGUUGUUUUUUGUACGAAUAAAUGUAUGCAGUCACAUAUUUGGCGAAAAUACACACACACAUACACAUCUUAGUAGCUAUUGUACAAUAACACUUAGCUUUAGCCUUAUUUAUGGAUGUACAUAUUUAUUCAUGUAUACAUAUAUGUACAUAUGUACGUACUAAUAACUAACCAAUGCAAGUGAAAAAAUGUUAUGGAAUUUGAAUUUAUGAUAUUUUUCCUUUUAUAUUGUUUCUCUUUGUAUUUCAUUUCUUGCCAUUGAUUUACGUUUACCUGAUUUAAACGUCUUUAUAUGGACACUGAAAACGCUUCCACAACCACAACCACCAACCGACAUCCAAUGCCCAUCACCAACACCGUUAUCUCCAUUAAUUACGAUUCUAAUUUUUUGUAACAAUUUUUUUUUCACAAAUAAUCGAAAAUAUGCCGUUAUUUUUAUAAAAAAAAAAUUAUUUCCCACACUUCAUAUCUUGCCAUGCCCAUCAACAUGUACACCACUACCACCCCCACCAACCAUAUUUUGUGCCAUUUCUUGUGUAUUUAGGCUGCAUGAGCAACCGGAUGCUUUAAUGUAAAUUGCGAAUGUCACACCUUUGUCUCGUAUCCACCAACAACAUGUUUGCGAAUCGCAACCAAAAAACGCAAAAAAACAAUCAAAGCAACAACAACAAACAAGCUAAUAAAUCAAACAAUAAAAUGGUAAAGUUUAGCACAUAUUUACGCUUCUAAAGCUGACAAUUUUUCAGUUCAUAAAAAAAACAAUUAAACAAAAAUUUUAAGUAACCAAUUAAAUAAUAUCAUGAUUUAAGCUAAAAAUAUUUCUAAAAUAUGUAUAAAAAAAUAUUUAAAAAAUUAAAUGCAUAGAAUAAACCUGAAAUCAAAGAAAUUGAAAUUAUCAACACAAAAAACACAAAUCAUCAUACGAAUUUGCAACCUCAAAUUAGUGAAAUUAAUAAGUGUUGUGUAAUAGGAAAAUAUUUUUGUCAAUCUGGUCACUUUUAUUCUUUCUGAUUGGCAUUUAACAUACAUUUACAUAUUUUUGUGCAAUUACAAACGUCUAGCAAUAAAUUUACAUGAAUUUCAUCAAUUAGCUUUUAUACUCAUCAAUUUUGUGUUUUUGUUUUUUGUUUGUGUACUAUCUUCCUAAACAUCACUCUGCAUAUGCAAAUAUGUAACUGCUAUCUCUCCUGCAUCCAUCAUCACACCAAAUCCACUAUGUCUCUCUCUGUUUAUGUGUAACAACUAUCCAACAACGCCACAACAAUCAAAAUUAAAUAACAACAACAGCAACGAAACUGGACUAUCUUCGCCCGUUCGCAGUGGCUACCUGAAGCGCAAAACCUAUUUAAGUCUUCACUAAAUCAAAAAGGAAACACAGCACUGAGAAUAGCAAAGGAUUUCGACAAGAAAAUCAUAGCUUUGGAAUGCAGCUUGGAAAUUCACUGCAACAUUUGAACAGAGAUGAACAAAGCUAAUACAUAAAUGAAACAAAGAUGAACAAAGCUACUUGAAAAUCAGUACGUAAUUGAAAAUAAAAUAGUUUAUAUCACAUAACGUCCAACAAUUCUGGCAGCUAACUAAAACAAAAAAUAAAUAAAGAAAAGUAAAAUGUCAACAAUGCGCUCGUCCGUAGCCUCUUGCAGUUGCACGCUCAUCGCCGACGCCUCCUUUGUCCGCCCAUCCGUCACAUUUGUCCACAACGCUUAAGCGGCAUUUAGCUUAGACAUUAUGAAACUCAUAACUUCCACAUCCCUUAAAGAGCUUAGUUAUGUACUUGCAUGUAGUCAGCGCGCUCCAGCAUUAUGCUUAGUGAUCACUUAGAACGCGCUGAAUAUUUGUUGAAAACCAGCGGUUCAAAAAUAAAACAGAAACCACAAAUAAUAAAUCUCCAAAAACUGCAGCAUAACUAUCUACUCAUAUACUGCAUAUAGUAUUUACGAAGAAAUAAAAAUAAAAACAUUUACUUAGUGGCAGAAGUUAGAGUUUAAUUAGGAUGAAGCGGCAAAGCAGCGUUCCAUAUACGUAUGUAUGUACUAACCGAUUCAUUUGCGACUAGUUAGUGCUGCAUUAGAACUAAAGAGAAACGAAUGCAAAUAAUAUUUACGCAAAUCACGCCUAAAGUGUCACGUGAAAAUGCAUUGAAAGACUACUUUGUAUUUGCAUCUUAUAGGUACCUGGCUAGAAAGACUGUUUCCUCCUGUUGUAUGAUGGUGUUUCAAUCUACCUAAAUAAUAAAUAUGUGUUAAAUGGAUUUAAGAAAAUGUGAACAAAAAUUAAAACAGAAAGAACAAAGCAAAAACAAAAAAAAUAUCUAUAUACAGCUAUAAUGCUUCAGAAAGUAUUUUUGAGAAAUGAAAGAUAUAAAUUUUAAAAAUAAAUUAACUAAAAAUUACUACGUGUGUGAAUGCAAACAUACAUACAUACAUACAUACAAAACAUAUUUAUAUAUACACAUGUAUGUAUGUAGAAUAUUGUUCUAAAACCAAAACACAUGCAUACCUUCUUGUAAUAUAUAUAUAUACACUCAUACAUACAUACAUCUAAAGCAUAUGACAAAGAACAAAGUUCAAAUUGUAUUUACUAGAGAAUAAACAGAGUUACUCAAGCUAUCUAACUACAUACAUACUUACAUACAUAUAUAAUUAUAUAAUUGGAAUAUCGAACAAAUUAAAUAAAUAAAUCUAAAUAUCUAAAACUGUGAAGCAAACUAAGCUAAAUAAAAUCAAAAGCAUAAACAAUCUAAAAGCGAUUAAAACCUAAUUUUACAACAAAAUCUGUUCCACAAAAACAAUUUAUUAUAAAUAAUUUAAGUAAAGCAUCAACACAAAUGUAAUGUAAAAAUUUUGAAAUGCUUAAAAUGUGUUUGGAAACUUCAAUUUUUCUGAAAACUACCAGCAGCUCAUAUGUAGGUAAAAAAUUAAAAAAAAAUGGCUAUUUUGCUAAAAUUGUAAAACAAUGACGCUUUUUUAAGCAAACGUAUAAAGAAAUACAAAUGCAAUUAAAUUUUCAAAAAAACAUAAAUACUUUAUGGACAGUAAAUAUUAAUACUACUAAAUAUUAGAUCUCUCUUUCAUCGUGAUAACGUUCGAGAAGCAUUUUGCAUUUAUGUGUAUGUUAAAACAAAAGAGUUUAGAAAAAUUUGUUGUGCGUAGAUUUUUAGCAAUAAGUGUUAGUCAAGUGAAAAAAAUAAAUCAUGCUUGGUCAUUUUAACGAACAAAA